AUGUUGCAGACCGGUCUCUCCGCCUCACAGUCAUUUUUCGGUCGGACUUGUAAACCAUCGAAGAAUGAUGGCGAACGACAUGGUGAGCAUGGUGGUGCAGCUCUGUUGUCUAAAAUUAAAUUACAAUGCAAAAACGGUGGCAACUGUAACGUUCAGGCCAUGUUAAGUUCACCAAAAGAUGAGGGGACGCUGAAGUUCACUUCAGAUGAGCGACUAUCGUUGUCAUCCUCACUUUUGUGGUUCUCGGCAGAGCCCUCUUUGACACGAGCGCUUAACGACACAUCAUCAUCGCUGUCCGAUGCAGCCUCUUAUUCAAGAUAUGGACGUCGUUCGAAAUACUUCAAAGUAUCGUCGGUGCUGGACGCGCAAGAGAAAGCUGGUAUUUCGAAUGCAACUCCACAAACGUCACCACCCCUACCACUAGCAAAGCCAGUGCCACUUCCAUUCUGGUCAUUGCCGGUGUGGAUUUGUCAAGAUGCGUUGAUAAAGCAGCAGUUCUUAUCAGCUAUAGAUUCUGAUGUAACUGAUAACGAGAAUCAUGUAUUGCCACAAACUGAACCUCUCGAUUUAUCGCUCAAGAAGACGAGCAGUUGA